AUGCCUUUCUUCUCCAACCCGUACCGAGCGGCCGCGCUUGCGGCGCGCCGUGUGUGGGAGAACAUUACGAGAUGGUCGUGGCAGCUAUUUAGUUACAGUGUCUUGGCCCGUGGUUGUGUCCAACGACUCGCACGGUACAGAUGUCCUUUGGCUUUCCCGCUGCAAAGCCUUGCUGGUGGGCAGCUGGAGGAGCACGGCAUCAUUGUGAGCCGUACGCCACCGAUUCGCCUGGGGUAUAUGCACGCCUCGCGAAGUCUUGGACACGGCAGGCCACCGGGUGAUUUCGGAUUCGACGCGGCCCCUCCUUUUCGGCGGCGCCGGGAGGUGUGGGGCCGUGGAUUUGAGCCCAUCGCCGCCGACUUGAGAUGGCGCGCUCCCAACCCUAUCUAUAUCUACGGCUGGAGAGGCGCAGCGCGGCUGAAGCUGCAACUGCCGCGCCGGCCGAGGGACGAAACAGAAGGCUGCUCGAACUCGGAUUGA